AUGUUUUCGGUACCACAGACACCGCAGCCCCCAUCCUCGUUGAAUGAAACAAAGCCAGAUAUUUCAGAGCUGGACGCUUCUCGAGUGUCGCAGACUGCAGUCAUUCAAGCAAAGCUGAAUCGGCGGUUGGGCCCAGAAUACGUCUCACAACGUCCUGCGCCAGGCGGAGGACCUAAACUCACGUAUGUCGAAGGUUGGAAAAUCAUAGGGCUAGCAAACGAAGUUUUUGGGUAUAAUGGAUGGAGCUCAUCUAUUGUAAACGUGACUAUGGACUUUUGUGAUAUAUGCGAAGAAACAAAAAGGUACAGUGUCGGAGUCACAGCGAUGAUCAAAGUUACGUUGCGGGAUGGGACGUCCCAUGAGGAUGUGGGGUAUGGAACUGCUGAUAAUCUGAAGAGCAAAGGCGCGGCCUUGGACAAGGCCAAGAAAGAGGCUGUUACCGACGGAAUGAAACGCGCUUUGAGAAAUUUUGGCAAUCUUCUUGGUCUAUGUCUAUAUGAAAAAUCUUUCGCACAGGAAGUCGUGAAGAUAAAGGCUCCACCGCCAGUGAGUACUGUUGUGCCACUCCACCCAAAAAGCUAA